AUGGGCAUGUCAUUCAACAGACAUUUGUUUGCUUUAGGGAAGGUAAAAGGACAGAAACCGGUUCUGUUGGUGCAAAGCGUAAGCGAUCUGUUAGAAAAAGACACACAAUGUGAGUGUCUAGCUCAUUUGCAGGUUCACGUUUGUAAGGUGGACAACCGUUGGCAUGUCAGAUCUUUUUUUGAUGUUCAUAAUCAUGUACUUGUCGGUGAUAAAUUUAUUGGGUUGGCACCUGCACAUAGGAGAAUGUCUGAGGCUGAAAUCACCCAAAUGAACAACUUGAGGAAAGCUGAUGGGGGGUAUCAAAAUGUGCCUUUUGGAGUCCAAGCAAUGUACAAUGAAGGAUACAAAGAAAAGAAUAAGGAUGUGAAUGAUGCUAGAGGUGUCAUUGGUUUCUUACGUAAGUUGAAGGAGAAGGAUCUUGACAUCUUUUGGAAACACACAAGUAAUGAUGAUCGAAGGCUAGACAAGUUGUUUUGGAGUGAUGGUUGCAGCCGUAUGAACUAUGCAUUGUUUGGUGAUGUGUUGACCAUUAUCUUUGCUUCUGCUCUAGUCUCUAAUGAGCAAGAGGAAACUUACGUGUGGUUGCUUGAGAAUUUUUUGGAUGCAAUGGGAGGAAAAGUUCCAGUAUCAGUAAUCACAGAUGAAGAUGGGGCAAUGUGGAAAGCAAUCAAAAGAGUGUUUCCUACUGCGCAUCAUAGGUUAUGCGCGUGGCAUCUUCUUCGAAAUGCGGAUCUUGAAAUUGGAGAGUUUGAGGAAAGAUGGAUUCAAAUGGUCACUGAACGUGGGUGUGAAGAAAAUGAGUGGGUCAUAGACUUGUAUGAGCGGAAGGAAAUGUGGGCUGCUGCACAUAUGCGGGGUCAAUUUUUUGCGGGUUUUCGUACGACUUCAAGGGUUGAGGGGCUACAUGCCCAAGUGGGGAAGUUUGUGAAUUCAUGGAACAACUUGUUAGAUUUUAUGCAUAAUUUCAAUCGGUAUCUCAGUUAUCAGAGGCAUAGGGAGCUUGAAGCUGAUUUUGCAUCUAUGCAUGGUGAUCAUGUUCCUCAAACACAACUUAAGAAGCUUGAAUGGUGGUCGAAAUGUGCAAAAGACGAGAUUGAAUUACGUGGGGAAGAUUCUGGUGCUUGGGACCCUCUAAGUCUUUGUAGACUUUCUGCUUUGAGGGAGAGUUGUAGGCGGUUGAGUAAAGUAGCUUGUAAAACCCCUGAAUCAUUUCGUGAGACAAUUGACUUGGUGCUUGAACAAGCUCGGAAGUUAGAAAAACGUGAUGUAGUGCAACAACCUGAAGUCAAUAUGAACACUUACAAUACGGCUGAAAGAUACAUGCGCAACCCGGUGCAUAAUUAA